AUGUUUUCGCCGGAGAACUCCAAAUAUCGCUGGAAGUUUUUUGUUAUAUGCUCGGGUCAAGUUGCUCGGGUUUUAGGAGAGGAAACCCGCCAACUGACCCGCAAACGUAGGGUUCUGUGGGCGGCGACCCGCCAUCGACCGUCGGAGUGGUCGGUUCAGGCAAUUUCCGGUUUAGGUUCGUGUGGGUUGCUCGGGGAGACAUUGAUUGUUGAUGGUUACCACGCAAAAGCAAAGGCCGCGGCACCAUUCUACUGCUGGAUUCUUAACGGCUAUGAUAGCAAAAAAGAAACCCCAAACCCAGAGCAAACCAAACCCACGGUGGCGCCUAGUGGCAGCUCGCAGGCGCAGGCGCAGCUCGCUCGCUCCGUGACCUCCGCCGCUCCUCGUCUAGUCGUCGUCGCUCGUCGCCCGCCGUCGUCGCUCGUCGCUGGCCCGUCGUCGCAGAUCAGAACGGUCUCACCGUCUCAGCUGUUCCGCCGUCGUCGCUUGCCCGUCGCCAGUCGGCCUCAAGGUUGUGAUUGGGGGAUGAUUUGUGCUUGUCUGUUGAGUGGGGUUGAGUGGGGUAGGGAUAAAUGGGCUGAUAGGCAGUGGGCACAUGGGGCCGGACAAAAACCACGUACCCAAGAUUCAGCUCCUGCACAAGAUUCAUCUUCAUCUUCUAAGCGAGUUCGUGUUGACUUUAACUUAGAGAAUCUUCCUUCAGAUCCUGGGCUACGAGAAAAAAUAUCAUCUUAUCAUCCUAAUCAUCAUGAUGAAAUAAGAAGAUAUUAUUUAACAAAAGGCCCUUGUCAACCUGUUUUACACAGUGAUGAUUACCCUAUAUCUUUUUUUUCUGGAAAGCCCCGUCGAUUUUUAUCCAAAUGGUAUAAAGAUAGAUGCUGGUUGGAAUAUAGUAUAGACAAAGAUGCAGUAUUCUGUUUUUAUUGCUACCUAUUUGGACAAGACGUUGGUAAGCAAGGGGGAGGUGACACUUUUGUAACGAAGGGAUUCAAACUUUGGAAUCAGAAAGAUAAGUUAAAUUCCCAUGUUGGGGGAGUUAAUAGUGCUCAUUACCAAGCUGUCAAAAAGGGUAAUGAUUUGUUGAAUGAAAAGCAACACAUUCAAAGUGUUUUUGUUAAGCAAUCAAAUCAAGAUAAAAUUGACUAUCGGAUUCAAUUAAAUGCAAUAGUUGAUUGCAUAAGAUUCCUUUUAUGCCGAGGAUUAGCUUUUCGUGGUCACGAUGAAUCUCAAGAUUCAAGUGAUAAAGGAAAUUUCCUUGAGCUUGUACAAUUUUUGGGGGAUCACAAUGAAUCUAUCAAUGAAGUGUUGCAAAAAGCUUCGAAAAAUUGCAAGCUUACCCACCCUGACAUUCAAAAAGAUAUUGUGAAUGCAAUUGCACGUGAAACAUCCAAAGCCAUCAUCAAGGAUCUCGACAAUGGGUUCUUUUCAAUAUUAGUUGAUGAGUCACGUGAUAUCUCAGUGAAAGAACAAAUGGCCCUCGUUCUUCGUUAUGUGAACAAAGAAGGAAUUAUUAUAGAGCGAUUCCUUGGUAUUGUACAUGUAGCAAGUACUACCGCUUUGUCACUCAAGCAUGCUAUUGAAUGUUUACUUUGUGAACAUAAUUUGAGUUUAUCGAACCUACGUGGGCAAGGUUAUGACGGGGCUAGUAAUAUGCAAGGUGAUAUCAAUGGUCUCAAAACUUUAAUUUUGAAAGAGAACAAGUCAGCAUUUUAUGUCCAUUGUUUUGCUCAUCAACUUCAAUUGACACUUGUUGCUGUUGCUAAAAAUCACAUUAACAUUGCUGAAUUUUUUUAUGUGGUUAGUAAUUUAGUAACUGUUGUUGGAGGCUCUUGUAAGAGACGAGAUGCUCUUCGAGAUACACAAUUUGCCAAGAUUAAAGAAGAUUUAGAGAAUGGUGUACGUAGAAGUGGGCAAGGUUUGAAUCAAGAGACAAAUCUUAAACGUCCUGGUGAUACACGUUGGGGAUCAUAUUAUGGGACCAUUCUCAGUUUGAUUUUGAUGUUCUCUGCUGUUGUUGAUGUACUAGAGAUUAUUGAAGAAGAUGGCCUCUCCGACCAAAAAGUUGAAGCUCGAUCUAUUAUGAGGUCAAUUCUUUCUUUUGAAUUUGUCUUUGCUCUACACUUGAUGAAAAAUAUUUUAGGGAUCACAAAUGAGUUGUCAAUAGCAUUACAAAAAAAAAAUCAAGAUAUAGUAAAUGCUAUGGAUCUUGUUAAAGUGUCUAAGCAACGGUUGCAAGUGAUGAGAGAUGAUGGAUGGGCAUCUUUAUUGGCUGAAGUAUCUUUAUUUUGUACCUCACAUGAUAUUCCUAUCUUGGACAUGGAAGUGAUAUUUGUAGUUAGUGGGAGGCCGCGACGCAACACCCAACAAAAUACAAAUUUACAUCAUUAUCGUGUUGAGCUAUUCUACACAGUCAUAGAUAUGCAACUUCAAGAGCUUAACAACCGUUUUUCUGAAGCGAAUACUGAUUUGCUACUUUGUAUGGCUUGCUUGAAUCCAAGUAAUUCAUUUGUGGCUUUCGAUAAGGAAAAGUUGAUACGUCUAGCUAAGUUCUAUCCCUCUGAUUUUCUUGGGACAGAUAUUUUGGCACUUGACUCUCAACUGCAAAAUUAUAUUUUUGAUAUGCGCAGCAAUGACUUCUUUUUAGAGCUUCAAGGAGUUAGUGAACUUGCUGAAAAGUUAGUGAGCACAAGAAAACACGAGACUUAUCCAUUAGUCUAUUUGCUAGUGAAGCUAGCUUUGACCCUUCCAGUUGCUACUGCAACAGUAGAAAGAAGUUUUUCAGCAAUGAAAUAUGUAAAGAAUGAACUGCGCAAUCGAAUGGGAGAUCAAUGGAUGAAUGAUUGCUUGAUUGUGUAUAUUGAAAAAGAUGUAGCUUGUAGCAUUGAUAAUGAGACUAUUAUGCAACGAUUUCAAAAUAUGAAAACUCGUAGAAAGCAAUUGUAAAUUCUAUGUAUUUGUGUAUUUUUUGAUUGUUGUUGUUGUCAAUAUAUAAAAUUUUCUUUUUAUUAGAUUGUGUAAUUUAUGCUUAUUGAGGAACACCCUGAAAAUAUUUCCUGGAGUCG